AAUUAAUAAUAAUUAAUAAUUUAUUGUUUAUACUUUAACUUUGUAGCAAUAUCCCAAGUGUUAGUUUGUUGUUUGUAAUUAGAUUUUUUUAAUAUUUUUAUUGUUAAUUUUCUGUUUAAGUUUUUAUUUUGCCAUUUAUGAUGGUAGAGUUAAAAAAAAGUAAACAAGAAAUAACAAGGCAGAAAUUACAUUAUUUCUUAUUGGAAACAAGAUGGAACUGAUAUUGAACUGUCGAAAGAUUAAAAACUUCAGCUAGUUGUUGUUGUUAUAUCAGGGAAGUUUAAAUUUUCUUAAUUGGAAUAUGAAGUUAAUGUAAAAAUGCUCACAGUAUAGAAGUUUUGUAACCAGCAAAUUAACUGCCACAAAAUUAUGGCUUGCAAAUAGGUUUUGCAAGUUUUGUCCUUGAAAAUAAGUACAACAAGUUUUUUGACUAGCAAAUAAGUACCACAAGUUUUGUUGCUUGGAUAUAAGGUACAGCAAGUUUUGUGGCUUGCAAAGAGGAACCACAAGUUCUGUGGCUUGCAAAUAUAGUACAGCAAGUUUUGUGGCUUACAAAUAGGUAUUGGAAGUUUUGUGGCGUGCAAAUAGGUACUGCAAAUUUUGUGACUUGCAAAAAAAGUAUCACAAGUUUUGUUGCUUGCAAAUAAGGUACAGUAAGUUUUGUGGCUUGCAAGUAGGUACCGCAAGUUUUGUGGCUUGCAAAUUGAUUAGUUGGCUCUGGCUUACCUUUACGUUAUGUCUAAUGUUAAAAAUUAUUCAUUUUGUUUCGUUAAUGUAAUUUAAAAAUUAAAUUAUUUACUAGAAGCCUAGACAAGAAAUAAUUACAUUUUUUAUUUCAAAAAAUUUUUUUUUUUUUGUGUGUUUUAUUCUCAUGUUGGAGUGGUUAAUAUGUUCCUUUACAUAAUAAUGUAUACUCAGAUGCAUCUUGCAAUGUGGUAAAAUAGUUUUUUAUUCAAAUUUAUUUUUCUUUAAAAAAACAUUUUAAGACUUCUUUGUUAUAUUGUAAUUACAAAUUUUUUAUUUGGUUCCGUCAGAGGAGAGGGAUGGCUUGCUCCUCUUUUUAUAAAGACAAAUUAUACAUCUCUAGGUGUAUAAAUUGCCUUAUUGAAAGGGGGUGCAUAAAGGCAAUAUAUACAUACUAUACUACACUUUUUUAUUUCAAAAGGCUUGUUGUUUUCGUGUAUUUUUUUUUAGGUUGAAGUGUGUAAUCCAUCUUUUUUCAUGACAAAAUGGUUACUCUGAUGCAUUUUCAAUUGCAAGUUUCCAAAUACAUGCAAUGUAAAAUUGUUGGCGACAUGACUCAUGUAUUAAAGUCUUCUGUCACAGUUAACUCAGCAAGAAUGAAGACAUUGAUACACUUUUGCAUUAAGGAAUACACAAGUUGGCAGUUCCUCGCCCACUGCCACCCAAAUACAGGUAUAAAAAAUUUUUAUCUGUACAUAACAGACGAUGGAGACGAAGUGAUUAUUAUGUGUGGCAAAAGAUUAUUUUAUGAAGUUUUUCAUUUUCUGACUUUGUGAUGGAACUUAUUAGAGUACACUUGUUUUGGACAUAGGAGGAGUAUUGCCGCUACAAGCAUGAACAAUAAUAAAACAUUCCAAAGAAUAAUUUGUUAUUUCAACGAUUAGAUUUGUUGUUUAAAUGUA